AUGUUUAUACUUACACAGGGAUACAACAUUAAUUUUCAGGAAGAGGACAUUAAACAGGUGGCACAUGUGGCUCUGUAUGAACUUGUAAUUGACAGAAUGGUUUACCUUCUUCAUGCUUCUGCUAGAUUCAUCAUUCCUCUUAUCACAAGCAUGAAGAGACCAAACAGUUCACUGCCAUCAGAUAUUUCUUCAAAUGUUGCAGGAAGCAAUUCUGUCGGACUUGUGGUGAAGCAAGGCUGGCGUUUACAAAAGAUUCUGCAGGCUUGCGUUACACAAAUGGUUGGCGAGUUGAAGAAUAAAAAGCAGUUGAUUUUUGAACUAAAAGAGAAAGAACACAAUUCUCAAAAGACAUGUCUUACUUCUUUGAGUUCAUCCCCAAAAGAGAAAACCCAGUUUCAUCAACAAAGUUCUGUCUCUCUGUCACCAGAUGGCAGCAUCAAAACUUCCAUUUCAAGGGAUGAAUGUUUUAAGUCAUCUCAAACUGUUGAAACCUCAUUUUUACCUUGUGAAGCAUGUUCUGUGGUCCAAGAAAGUUUACAUCAGACUGGAAAAGUCGUGUUGCAGUUGUUCAAAGACCUGAACCUGCCAAGUCGUCUUUCCCGUCACAUGUCAAACUUUGAUAGUACAAAAUGGAUGACAACAAAUGAAGUAAUGCAAUGGACAGCUGAACAGAAUAAGGAUUUGUCUGUUAUUUGUAAACAUUUUGAGAGCACUAUCCAGACAUUGAAAGCUUCAGUUGAAUCUCUGGAAAAAAGAUGUUGUGCAUUAGAAAAUCAAAAGAAGGUGCUUGAGAAAAAGAAUUCUUUGGAAAGAGAAACCCAAGAAAUCUUUCAAAAACAGUCAAGCAGUAAACUUCAAGAUAUGAUCAAGAGCCACCAAAUUGCAAUGAAUGAAAUCACCAAAGAAAAAGGAAAUUUAGAAUCCCAAAUGAAAAAUGUUAAUGAAAAAUUUGAACAAAGCCAAGAUGAGUUACAGAAGGCAAAAGAUACAAAUAAAAGAAAUAAAGUGGAAAUACAACAAUUAACAGAAAAGUUAAAAACACAGACCAGUAUUGCCUCAGAAGUGGAACAACUCAAAAAACAAAUUCAAACACUGAAAAUACAAUUGGAAGAUUAUGAGAAGAGGUUUUUGGAAUGUAGCAAGGAAUUAAACCAAGAACAGGCCAAAAACAAAAGUAUGACCAAACAUUUUGAGGCAAUUCAUCAGAAACAAUGUUCCACAUUGGACCAUGUAGAGAAACUAAAUGAUGAAAACACAGAUUUGCAGAAUCAGCUGGCUGAAUUGCAGGACUCAUUUGAUGAAAAACAAGAAAAAAUUGAAAAUCUGGAGAAACAAAAGCAACAACUACAACACCAGAUCACUGUUAAUGAGAAGAAAAUGGAAAUGAAUUCCUUUGAAAAAGAAGAACUGGAGAAAAUCAUGCAAGAAAUGAAAACUCAAAAUGAUUAUCUGCAGGAAGAGAUUAAAAAACUGGAAGAAAAAGAAAAUUUACUUAUUCAGUAUCCUGAUCUCAAUGGACCUGUUUUAGAUGAAAGUCUAUGCAGUGGAAAUGUAAUGCAUGACAUGGAACUCCAAAUCAAAGCAAAUAUUCUUCGUAUUGAAUUGCUAGAGAAACAGAAUCAGACAUUAAGAUUGACACUCAAAAAAAUGAAUGAAAAAUAUGAGCUGCAUCUAAGCAAUGAGGAGCCUGUUUCUCUUUGGAAUAUGAAUACAACUCAAACCAAAAUCAAAGGAAACUACAAUCAAGAAGCUGAAGAACCAGGAAAAAAAUGCAUUCAAAACCAUAAUGUCUUGAUUUCAAAAACAACAGAGAAAAACUUUAAUGCUGACUCCUCAGAGAAAGGAAGUCAAAAAAUGAAGGAAAGACAGAUCUCAACAGCAGUUAGUCUACACAACAGUUCAUGUUUGACAGCAAUGAGAAACAAUUCUGCUUUGUUUCGUUCAAAAACUGCAAAUGCUAUUCAUAAGAAGCCCAAUUUAAGAGAUACAGAGAAAGUAAUUGGGAGAAUGUCUAAAACAUCCAGCAUAAAGACUUACAUAUCACUUAAACAACAAGGAAAACUGCACAAUGAUAAUCCAUGGGGUCUAAGAGGAAAAUCUCAAUUGACUGAAAGUGAACUUUCAAGCAGAGCCAGUGUUCCUCAGUUGCAGACACAAGUGUUAUCAUUUGCAUGCAAGCGUUGUGACAAAAUGUACCUACAAGCACAGGAAUUGAAAAUUCACUCUAUUUAUUGUAAAGGCUGA